AUGAUGAUGAGCAGGAGCUACGUGUACAUUGCGAUCGUGCUUUCUGUUCUCUCCACAAGUUGCUGUGAUGAGGAAAACUUUGCUUCUGCACCGGAUUUUAACGCUACAAGCCAGGUCGGCGAGGAAACAGGUUCGUUCCUCAAUUCAACACGGCCAAGUAGUUGCUCCGGGAACUGUUCAGUCGCUACUGCCAACAGGUCAUUUGUAGGAGGGCGUAUCAAUGCAAUCGUCCACGAAGAUCUGCAGAAAGUGCAAACAACGCCAUUUCCUCUUGAUAAAUAUAUCUCUGACGAUAAAUACCUUCUGUUGUACGUUGGCAUCACUAUAUGUCUGGGCGUUUGGUCUGCCGUGGCAAACAGCCUCCCGCUAGCAGCCAUCAUCAAGCAUGAACAGCUCCACACGCCUGUCUACAUCCUCAUGGCUAAUCUUGCAGCAGGCGAUGUUUUGACCGGCAUAGUUUUCACAGUGGGAUGUAGUUUACAAUUGUACACCGUACUAACCAAGACACUCCCCUCAAAUGUAAUGCUCAACCUCCGCCUGUCGUCGCUCCUGCUCUCCGGGAUGUCCUCCGCCUACAGCCUGGUGGCCCUGACGGCCGAGCGCUACUGGUUCAUCGUGCGCGGGAUGAGUUACGUCAACAACGUCACCAACGACAAGUGCAAGGUCGUCAUCGUUGUCGUGUGGGUUUGGUCACUGCUGAUGGCGAUACUGCCCCACUUUGACUCGCAAUGUGCAGGACGUUUUGACGGAGAGUGUGUCCCGCUAGGUGCCGGAUUGUCCCGAAACUACGUGAUCGCGGUUCUCGUGUUCGUUUUCAUCCCGAUGGCGGCAAUCUUUCUCUUCAACCUGCUCAUCUUCUGGUGUCUGUGGAAGCACGUGAACGCCAUCGCUGCACAAGAAGCCGCGGUGGGAGCCCAGCCGAGCGUCAACAGGAAAUCUGCCAUCACCAUCGUCAUCAUCACCAUCGUGUUCCUGGUGGGAUGGAUGCCGUUCUUCGUCAAAGUGGCCGAGAUGUCUACUGACAUGGUUUCCGUGUUUAAGAUGAUGAUCUUCAUCAUCUUGAACUCUGCAAUCAACCCCGUUAUCUACGGAUUUCGUCUGAAGGAGAUUCGCCGCGGUGUUGCACGACUUCUUGGGAGUGCUCAGCAGCGGCGUUAACCAAGUAGCGAUAUAUGCAACC